AUGGCUUUCUUAGGCAAAUUGAUCGGUUCUGAGCACGAGAGGAAGAACCCUGCUUCUCUGCAACUUCCCCCAAUUGACAAAGAACUCGUGAUGAAGAAGUUUGAAAAAACAGUAGUGGGGCGUGUUCUCAAUUUGGAGGCUCAGGAGCGUAGGGUGAAGGCUUUGAUCGCCUUUUUACCAUUGGUGUGGAAGUGUGAGGGUCGUGUUCAAGGCGUGGAGAUGGAAAGGGGGAAGUUUCACUUUCGUUUCAAGGAGGAAUCCGAUCUGCAAUACGUGAUGGAGAAUCGCCCAUAUCACUUUGAUGAGUGGAUGAACGCCAUUGAAAGAUGGGUUCCAACAGUGCGGCCGGACUUCCCGGUCUCAAUCCCGUUUUGGAUCGAAAUCAGAGAUCUUAUGGAUCAACAUUGUUAUGAAAGAACGGUGAAUAGCAUUGGUAAAGAUCUCGGAGAGUUGAUGGAUUGGAAGGUUAUUGAACCAUACCCAUUGGUUCGGGUGAUGGUGCAAUGUGAUGCUCCGUUGAUCCGACGGAGGGAGACGAUCUCUGAUACUGAAGAACUUAUUGUGAUUCGAUUUGAGUAUUUGAAGAUCCAAAACUUUUGCAAGAGAUGUCAAAGGCUGUCCCAUGACACUCGAGUAUGCCCUGAGCGAGUCGGAGCCCAGAAGCAGCAACGAGACUCUCACAGGGACUUGAACCAGCGCCGAGAUGCGAAGGAAGACCGACGGAGGAAAAAAGCUCCGAGAGCAGAGACAGCCAAACCGGAACAACACUAUGACGGAAAUACGAGAAAUGAGGAUCCUAAAUUGAUGGAUAUGGCCUCUACAUCUAAGAAUAAAUCGGUAAAGAAGGUGUUCGAUAAGAGCGAGGAGAAUCUGGCAGCAGUGGGAACUACGGCGAAGAGACCCGGAGAGGAGCAGCUGCUGGAGAAGAUGACGGACGGAGGCAGGGCUGGGUGGUAUCAAAGGUCGGAGGAGGAGGCGGUGACUGUCAAGCAGACUAAUGAACAUGUUCGCGUCUAG